AUGGAAAGAGUCAGGAAGAUUUCAGAGUCAUAUCCACUUUUGAAGCAAAUUGAAAAAGCUUCUAGUGGCCAAGUAAAAGGUGAGCAUUUGUUUAUUGCUAUUGCAGGUGUUCUCUUUAUUAGUCUAUUUUGCAAGUGUAUUGCUAGUCCAAUAACCAAUCUAUUUGCAGUUCUACUGGUGAUUGGCCAGGCAACUGCUAUUAUCACUAGUAAGACUCCAGUUGAACCAGCUCGAGUUAAACACAUUAUUUCUUAUCUACUUACUUUCUCUUUGUUUGUUACAGUUGAUUCUUUAGUACCUUUUGCCCAUCGUAAUGUUCCUUUUUACUAUCAUGUUAAGUUAGUCCUCUUUUACUAUCUAUCGAUAAGGAAUUAUCAAGUAACUGAUUACUUAAAUAGUACUCUUUACUUACAAGUCCAGGAGUUAGUUAGACGGUUAAAUGAGAUUGAUCCAAGUGCGACCAUUAAGGCGGCUAGAACGGCAGCUAGUGAGAAGGUUAAGGACUUGUCUGAGACUGUCAAGGGAGCAGCAGCCAGUAAACCUGCUAAAGAGGAAUAA